UCUCUGCAAUGUUCAUCUCCCCACCCAACUUUCCUCUCUCUGCUCUGUGAGCCAGCCCCUCCCUAAUUAAUGACCCGUUCUUGCAAGAGACGGAGGAAACAUCCAAACCUUGCCGUUUGCCCACUCGUUGCCGUUUCCACUCGCCAGACGCCAUUCUUCUUCCUCCACUGGCAAUCCUGCCAACCUCGCUGCUGGCUGCCAUCACUCCAGCCAGCGGUCCAGCCGUCUCCCAUCAUCAACCCCGUCCACACUUCCCCGCUAGCCAUUGGGUUUGGUUGCUCUGCUUCGUCCCAAAGGAGGUGCUUUCGUUUCGCUUGCUCCCUUUCCUUUCCGCGUGGGAUUCUUUGUUCUUGCGGCAUUCAAGAAACUGCUUCCGGCGAAAUUCGUGGUGGAGUUUCCGGCGAAAUUGCUUGGGCGGACAUGAAAUGCUUGGAGGCCAGCAGAGAUCCAGUUCUUGGUCGACCGAUGCUGCGGGUGUGCUUGAUAAGGUUCUUGCUUGCCUGACGAGGAAGGGUUUCUGCUCCUGCCUGGCACUGAAAAUUCGAGCUUGAGUGUCUCCUUGCAGUCUGAAAUGUGCUCAGCUUUGGUGUGGAAUUAAUCAACCGGGCCCUACUGAACUGCUGUAGCUUCCCCUUUUCAUUGAACUGGCGGGUUGCAUCUUCGUGGAAUUCCUUGUUUCCUUGUAGUCCAAUUUGUAUCUGGAUUCAUCAUGGGUACUGCCACUAAUGAACGAAAGUUAGCUGUGGUCUUUCUUUGGAGCAUCUCGGUUCUUUCUGGUACCUGCAAUGCUGAAUUCACCCCUGCAGACAACUACCUCAUCAACUGCGGCUCCACGGUCGACGCCUCUGUCGGACGGAGGGUCUUUGAAGCCGACAAUUCCAAGUCGACUAUCCUGACAUCCCAUCAGAGUGUCGCCGCAAACACCUUCCUGGAUUCGGUCCCGGCUUCUGACUAUGCUGUUCUGUAUCAAACUGCAAGAAUAUUCGGUGUGCCAUCGUCCUACUCCUUCAAGAUGAAGAGCCGUGGCCGGCAUUUUGUCCGGCUGCACUUUUUCAGUUUCAAAUAUCAAAGCUAUGAUCUUGCAGUGGCCAAGUUCAAAGUGUCAACGCAGGAUGCUGUGCUACUCGACAAUUUCACUCCGCCGAGCAAUUCCUCGCCGGUGGUCAGGGAGUAUUCUUUGAACAUCACCAGGGGCAUGCUCAUUCUCACAUUUGUGCCACUAGGGAACAGCACAUCCUUCAUCAAUGCUAUUGAAGUCAUAUCGGUUCCUGAUGAUCUGAUUCUGGAUUUGGGGCAAAGUGUGAAUCCUAUCAGACAGUAUGCUGGCCUUGCAGCGCAGCCAUUUCAGACAUUCUACAGGAUUAAUGUGGGUGGAAGGAAGGUGACUGCUGACAAUGACACGCUCUGGCGAUCAUGGGAUACUGAUCAAAGCUUCUUCCUAAAUUCCACAACCACUCAAACAGUUACUUACGAAGGGAAACUGAAUUACCAAAGAGGAGCAGCAACGGAGGAGGAUGCACCGGAUAGUGUCUACAAUACUGCGAGGCGGUUGGUUGCGCAAAACAACACUGCUUCAGCAUCCAACAUGACAUGGCAAUUCAAUGUUGACCGUCGUGCAAGCUAUCUCAUCCGGUUCCAUUUGUGUGAUAUAGUAAGCAAGGCAAUGGCUGCCCUCUACUUUGAUGUUUAUGUGGAUCGGUGGUCAGCAGCAGAAGAUCUUGAUCUCUCCGAAAAAGGUUUUGGUACCUUGGCCGUGCCAUACUACACAGAUGUCAUCUUGGAAUCAAGUGAUCCGUCUGGCAAGCUCAGUGUCAGCAUUGGGCCUUCCAGCUUGAAUAAUGUGGCGCAAGAUGGCAUCCUGAAUGGCCUGGAGAUCAUGAAGAUGAACAUCAGUACUGGAACUGUUGAGAUCGUGCAGCCACCACCAUCACAAAAGAGGGAAUUGCCUAUCAUAUUGGGCUCUAUUCUAGCUGUUUGUGCUGCUACCGCUGUUGCUAUUCUCUGCUUUGUCCUCAGAAGAAAGAAGAACAAGAAGCCGCAAACGGCAUCGACAAGCCGAACUUCAAGUGCUUGGACACCACUCACUCUUAAUGGUAUUAGCUUUCUUAGCACAGGUACCCGAACAACCAGCCGGACCACUCUUACAUCUGGGACUAACGGUGAUGCGACCUACCAGAUCCCUUUCGUUGUGCUGCAAGAGGCAACAAAUCACUUUGAUGAGCAAAUGAUUAUUGGAGUUGGAGGCUUUGGGAAGGUAUACAAAGCAGUUCUGCAGGAUGGCACCAAAGUUGCUGUGAAGCGGGGAAACCAUAAGUCUCAUCAAGGGAUCAAGGAAUUCCGAACGGAGAUCGAGCUGCUAUCGGGGCUGCGACACCGCCACCUUGUAUCUCUUAUUGGGUACUGCAAUGAGCACAAUGAGAUGAUCUUGGUGUAUGAGUACAUGGAGAAAGGCACUCUCAAGGGUCACUUGUAUGGUAGUGAUAUACCUGCACUCAGCUGGAAGAAAAGGGUGGAAAUCUGCAUAGGAGCUGCAAGGGGGCUCCACUACCUCCACACUGGUUUUGCAAAGUCGAUCAUCCAUCGUGAUGUCAAGUCAGCAAACAUUCUCCUUGAUGAGAAUCUCAUGGCCAAGGUUUCUGAUUUUGGCCUCUCGAAGACGGGGCCUGAACUGGACCAGACACAUGUUAGCACAGCGGUGAAAGGCAGUUUUGGGUAUCUUGACCCUGAGUACUACCGAAGACAGAAGCUGACCGACAAGUCCGAUGUGUACUCGUUCGGCGUGGUCUUGCUAGAGGUGAUCUGUGCAAGGCCAGUUAUUGACCCGUCACUUCCAAGAGAAAUGAUCAACCUUGCAGAGUGGGCCAGCAAGUGGCAAAAGAGGGGAGAGCUUGAUCAGAUUGUUGAUCAACGAAUCGCUGGAACAAUCAGGCCGGAAUCUUUGAGGAAGUACGGGGAGACAGUUGAGAAAUGCCUUGCCGAGUACGGCGUCGAUCGCCCUACCAUGGGAGAUGUCCUGUGGAAUCUGGAGUUUGUGCUUCAGCUGCAGGAGUCUGGCCCUGACAUCACAAACAUCGACAGCAUGAAUCAGAUAUCUGAACUCCCUUCAGAAGCUAGGAGAGUAGGCUCCCUGGAGAUCAGCACCGCAGACGAAAGCCACACGAAUAUCAACUACUCUCAGAUGUCGACCAAUGAUGCCUUCUCACAGCUGAUGAACACUGAAGGGAGGUGAACUGGGCUGAAUUGGUCAUGUGCUACUGGAAAGGUUGAUGGAUCGUGUUGAGCUAGAGACAACUGAUGUUUAUUGAUUGUCCAUACCGUGUAUGAUUUUGCCCUCAUGCAUAGCAACGCAAGUUCUGAUCUGCAUUCAAGUCUUGAUGUACAUGUGUUCUCUGAAUGGAUUGCUGAUAUUUUCAUCUAGUAGAAGUUUCUUGACUUUUUUUUGUUAUUUUUUUGUGUCGUAUUCACGGUGUUUGAUUGGCCAAUCAUCAGCUGUACAUUUGCUUGUUGAAUAUUUGAUGAUUUGUCAGAAGUUUCUCAGUCUUUUUGUGAGGAAUUGGACAAUUUUACAUGUGCU